GCUCCACCCUCUCCCAUCCCCCCUCUGAAAGGGAAAGGUUAAGGUAGGACCGGGACUGCCGGGGCUGGGACUUCAUCUGGGAGUGCUAGGUCCCGCCCCUCGUCCUCUCCUUCCUUAACCGUAUAUUCAGCACAGGUUAAGACUCAACUCCAGACUCUCGCUGGCCUCAGGCCCGUCUCCUAGGCACUGUUGCAUCUAUGUUACGAUCUUCUGCUGGAGUGGGGUCUUUGUGGCUUUCUGCCCAGUCCUUGGUGCCCACAGCACACUUCAAGGGUACCCACUGUCCGUUUCUACCGUGUUUUACAGAGGAGGUUUAUUCCUACCCCUCUUUUGUACAGAAUUUCAUGUAACCCAGGCUGGCCUUGAACUUCUGAUCUCCUGCUUCCACCUCCUAGGAUGACAGGUGUGUGCCACCUGCCUGGCUCUGUUCUUUAUGGUGAACUGUGGGUUGGUUAAAUACAUUUAGCAUAACGGUGGUCUUUUCUCCCAAGCCCAGGGAGGGUGGCCCCACAUGGCCAUUCUUCCAUAUAAACCCAUGUAAACCCUCUCACAAACGUCAGAUUACUAGAUUACUUACAACACCAAGGAUGGUGUGCAUGUUGUGCAGACGGAAGUCUGGGGAUCUGGAGAGAUGGCUCAGUGGUUAAGAGCCCUUGCAGAAGGUCCUAGCAGCUCACAAUCAUCUGUGACUCAGGCUCCAGGGGAUCUGAGCCUCUCCUGGCCUCCAAGAACAGUACAGCAUGGUGCACCUACAUACAUGCAGAUCCCUGCUCCUUCUCCGGAUCCCAGCAUGCCUUCAGGGACACCGCAGUGUGAAGGCGGCUCUGCAGGGUGCCCCCAGCACGUGGAGGGGCACUCAGGGAAAGCGCACCGGGAGAAGGGCCCCUCAGUGGACAAGGAACGAGUAUGGAUUCCACCCGAUACCCCGAGCAGAUGUACCUGGCAGCUGGGGAAGCCCACGGCAGACUCCCCGCAUUACCACGCAGUGCUGACAAAACCUCCAAAAAUCUUGCCUGAUAUUCUGAGGAAGAUUGGGAACACCCCUAUGGUGAGAAUCAACAAGAUCUCCAAGAAUGCCGGACUCAAAUGCGAGCUACUGGCCAAGUGUGAGUUCUUCAAUGCGGGCGGGAGCGUGAAGGACCGAAUCAGCCUUCGGAUGAUUGAGGACGCUGAGCGAGCCGGAACCCUGAAGCCCGGGGACACGAUCAUUGAGCCGACCUCUGGGAACACAGGGAUCGGGCUGGCUCUGGCAGCUGCUGUGAAGGGCUAUCGCUGCAUUAUCGUGAUGCCAGAGAAGAUGAGUAUGGAGAAGGUGGAUGUGCUGCGGGCUCUGGGAGCUGAGAUAGUGAGGACGCCCACCAAUGCCAGGUUCGAUUCCCCCGAGUCUCACGUGGGAGUGGCCUGGCGACUGAAGAACGAAAUCCCCAACUCUCAUAUUCUGGACCAGUACCGCAAUGCCAGCAACCCCCUGGCGCACUACGACGACACUGCCGAGGAGAUCCUGCAGCAGUGUGAAGGGAAGCUGGACAUGCUGGUGGCUUCAGCAGGCACAGGCGGCACCAUCACAGGCAUCGCCAGGAAGCUGAAGGAGAAGUGCCCUGGCUGUAAGAUCAUCGGUGUAGAUCCUGAAGGGUCCAUCCUCGCGGAGCCCGAGGAGCUGAACCAGACAGAGCAAACGGCCUACGAGGUGGAGGGGAUUGGCUAUGACUUCGUCCCAACAGUCCUGGACAGGACGGUGGUAGAUCAGUGGUUCAAGAGCAACGAUGAGGACUCCUUCGCCUAUGCACGCAUGCUCAUUGCACAGGAAGGGCUGUUGUGUGGUGGAAGUUCAGGCAGCGCCAUGGCCGUGGCCGUGAAGGCUGCCCAGGAGCUGCAGGAAGGACAGCGCUGUGUGGUCAUCCUGCCCGACUCUGUGCGGAACUACAUGUCCAAGUUCCUGAGCGACAAGUGGAUGCUGCAGAAGGGUUUCAUGAAGGAGGAGCUCUCAGUGAAGAGACCCUGGUGGUGGCAUCUGCCUGUCCAAGAGCUGAGCCUGUCAGCACCCCUGACCGUGCUGCCCACAGUCACCUGCGAGGACACCAUCGCCAUCCUCCGAGAGAAGGGCUUCGACCAGGCACCUGUGGUCAGCGAGUCGGGGGCCAUCCUAGGGAUGGUGACUCUCGGGAACAUGCUGUCAUGUCUGCUCGCUGGGAAGGUGCAGCCAUCUGAUGAGGUCUGCAAAGUCCUCUACAAGCAGUUCAAACCGAUCCACCUGACCGACACCCUGGGCAUGCUCUCCCAUAUCCUGGAGAUGGACCACUUUGCCCUAGUGGUCCAUGAGCAGAUCCAAUCACGAGACCAGGCCUGGUCAGGAGUGGUGGGGGGGCCUGCAGACCACAACGAGGACAUGUCCAGCGAGCGACAAAUGGUGUUUGGGGUUGUCACUGCCAUUGACCUGCUAAACUUCGUGGCAGCCCGGGAGCAGAACCAGAAAUAGAGCCUGGAAGUCGGGACUGGCUUCCACCCUCCCUGCUGGGGCUUCUUGGCUCUCAGAGACACCUACCACCAGUUUCCACGCCCAAGUCCAGUGGUAGCGUGAACAGGUGGCUGCUGAGACCAGCUGCAGAGGCCCGGCCUCCCCUCCCAACACUCAGCUUCCUAACUCCUCUAUGCCGGGGUAGCUUACAUGGGCACUCCUAGCUUACAUGACUCCCUUCCGGUGUCACAGAAGAACUGAGGAACAUCAGCCAGGAGAGACGGACACAGAGCACAACUGAGACGAGACUGAGGGUGUCAGAAAGUCUUCUCUCCAGAGAAGGCUCCAGCACAGGAAAGAGCAAACCCUGGACUUUGUACCCAUCCUCAAGGGCAGUGCUGGCCCCAGCACGGGAGCACGUGGGUUUUAAUGAAGGUGCAUUCCAGUGGCCUGAGACCCAAGGCGGUGAAGUGAUACAGUGCUGGCAUGAAGUGUUCCACCUGGGGCCCGGCCCUGUCGAGGGGCAAUUCCUCACCUUCCCCUCCUCCCCUAUGUUCCUGUCUCAAUGGCUCCCUGUUCUGGACACUUCCUAUAAAUGCGAUCACACA